GCUUAGAGGGGUGCUGAGUGCCGUUUAAUUUGCUAAACAGACCAGAGUCAUAAUUAGCAGCGAGAUUAGGAGGUAUUACUGUGAUAUUAAGUAUGCACGUUGGCUGAUAAACACAAAACAGAUUUAAAAAAGACUCUUCCCGUGGAGGCAGAAAUUGUGUGGGAGUUGUGUUGCUGUAGCUUUUUUACCCCCAGUGUGGAGUUGAAGCCGUCCCUGCGCCUCGCACAUACUCUGCAUAUCACAAGAUUUGGUCUAUCCUCUCUCUUCUCUGGAGCUGCUGUAGGACUGGCUAUGGCCACCACUACUUCCGGGAUCCGUCACUUCAUUCGCCCACCGCUCAGCGCUGCGAACUGACUCUGUUUCUAUAAGCAAGCUAGCAGCCAACCUGCCAACACUCGCUGACACUCACUCAUCUCAGUCUCGCCAGAUAGACGAAAUACCUACGGGGGGAAGAAAGGAGAGAUCCGAAUCGCCAUCUUCUCAUUUCUACUGCUUUCUUCUACUUUUUUUUACGGCGAUAAUAAAACAAGAUAGCGAUCUGGAGGCAUUAAAGGAGACGCGGACUUGCGGGAUGAAAUCGGACUAAAAAGAUUCGUCCUUCUCUUGAACAUCAUCACCGACCGUCAUUCAUUCAUUACCUUGACAACCUCUGGCUUUGAUUGACAGCUGGAGUGGCAAAAAGCCAUGAGACACGACAGUUUAGUUACAUGCAGGUUGUUGAUGGGCCGAUUGUAACCUUCACGUUGGCGCAUUUUUUUCUUUUCUUUUUUUUCCGAGGAAAGAGAGUAAAACAAGAAAAUUUGCAAAACUCUUCGAUGCUACGAAACCAACUGAGCCGCAGAGGCGAAUAGGAGAAUUCGCAAAGUUGGUUGAGAAGGAAUCUUGCCUCUAAAUCACUCUCUAACUGGGACUGGGAUAUUAAAUAUACGGACAUAUUCGGGAGUUUAUUGGAGCGCAGCCUGAUGGCGCAAAGGUACGAUGAGCUGGCUCACUACGGUGGGAUGGAUGGAGUCCCGACGUCGAUGUACGGGGACCCGCACGCUCCCCGACCGCUUCCCCAGGUCCACCACCUGAACCACGGACCGCCGCUGCACGCCAGCCAGCACUACGGAGCCCACGCUCCUCACCCGAACGUUAUGCCCACCAGCAUGGGCUCUGCUGUCAACGACGUUUUAAAGAGGGAUAAAGAUCAAAUUUAUGGUCACCCUUUAUUCCCACUGCUCGCACUGGUUUUUGAGAAGUGCGAGUUGGCGACGUGUACUCCGAGGGAGCCGGGCGUAGCAGGCGGCGACGUCUGCUCCUCAGACUCAUUCAAUGAAGACAUUGCAGUCUUUGCCAAACAGGUUCGAGCAGAAAAACCUUUAUUUUCAUCAAAUCCAGAGUUGGACAAUUUGAUGAUACAAGCCAUACAAGUAUUAAGGUUUCACCUCUUGGAACUAGAAAAGGUGCACGAGCUUUGCGACAAUUUUUGCCACCGGUACAUCAGCUGUUUGAAAGGAAAAAUGCCAAUAGAUCUAGUCAUUGAUGAACGAGAUGGCAGCUCAAAGUCAGACCAUGAAGAACUUUCAGGAUCAUCGACUAAUCUCGCAGAUCACAACCCAGCUUCCUGGAGAGACCACGAUGACGCCACUUCCACACACUCAGCCGGCACACCAGGGCCUUCCAGUGGGGGACACGCUUCACAGAGUGGUGACAACAGCAGUGAACAAGGAGAUGGCUUAGACAACAGCGUGGCAUCGCCUGGCACAGGAGACGACGAUGAUCCAGACAAGGAUAAGAAGAGGCAGAAAAAGCGGGGCAUUUUCCCAAAGGUGGCCACGAACAUCAUGAGGGCGUGGCUGUUUCAGCAUCUCACGCACCCAUACCCCUCUGAAGAGCAGAAGAAGCAGCUAGCCCAAGACACGGGCCUCACCAUCUUACAAGUAAACAACUGGUUUAUUAAUGCCAGGAGAAGAAUAGUACAACCCAUGAUCGACCAGUCAAAUCGAGCAGGUUUUCUUCUUGAUCCUUCAGUGAGUCAAGGAGCAGCGUACAGUCCAGAAGGCCAGCCAAUGGGCAGCUUCGUGCUGGAUGGCCAGCAACACAUGGGGAUCCGACCAGCUGGGCCUAUGAGUGGAAUGGGGAUGAAUAUGGGCAUGGAUGGGCAAUGGCACUACAUGUAACCUCCAUCUUGUAACGCAAAGAAAAAGGGGGAAGUCUGCCAGGCAUGCCAGGGGAGUACGUACCUCAGAACAGUCCUAUCGGCAUGACCAUGGCCCCACACACUUACGCCAACCCUCAUCAGAUGACCUCUCAUCCCGCCCACCUUCGACACGGACCCCCUCUCCGUGGGUACCUACCAGAUCAUGCCCACCAUUCCCACCACGCCAUGCUAAUGCACGGAGGACCCUCGUCACACCCAGGAAUGCCCAUGCCUGCACAGAGGCCCCCUUUGCUCACUCCCAUUGACCCCAGUACUGGAGGACAAGGCAUGGACAUCCAUGCCCAAUAGAAUAAGGGAACUUUGUUACCACAACAGGAGCUACAACAAGAAAAAAAAAGAAAAAAACGGAAAAAACAAACAAAGCAGCCUGACAAAUCCUAUUUUGAGACUAUUUUUAAGAAUCAAAGCAAACCCUUUUGAGCAGAAUUUGACAUUUAAAGAAGCAGAAUUCCAGUCAGCUGUGAUACUUUUUUUUUUUAAAGAAACUUGUCAAUUUUGUUACUUUCAUCCAAAAGAAGGACCAAGCUGGCAGAAACACUUUGUAAAGUCUUCAGCUUUUGGUAAAGAUCAUCAAAAGAUGUUUUGAUGAGCAUGUGUGCGAGGAAUGGACAGACGCACACAUUGAAAACACGUUUCACACACCCACUCAACACGCCAUCGUAAACACGUUCAAUACACUUUUGUGUGACAUAAUAUUAUCACUCCGGAAGAUUUAAAAAAGAAACAACGGAAAGACUCCAAGAGUUAUAACUACUGUAGUAUAAAAAGUAUAGAUAAAUAAGUUAAAACUUGUGCAUUUUUAUUUUUUAUUUUGUUGAUCACAUGAUUUAUGUUUCCUGAGCUAGUUUUAGAACGAAAGGUCAACCUUUUUUCUCUUUCACACUGUGUGUGCUCCUUCCUAGAGGAGAAACUGUCUCGCAGCACAGCACUAGAAAACGAAACAGAAGGAGAAAAAAAAAGGAAAGAAAAGAAAAACACAAUAAGAAGAUGGAACAUCUCAAAAAGGCUUCAAACCACAGAGGGCAACCAGGCCCUGCCCCUCCCAAGAACAGGGCAUGAUGGGAAAAGGCUGCUAAAUGACACCGGAUCUCUCCAGAAGAUUCAGUUUGAACAUUUUUCAUGCCCUUCUGUUUUUUCUCCCCCUUUGAUUCAUCAAUGAAUGUUUGCCCCGUAAGUUUUAAAGGAAAAAAAAAAAAAAAAGUUCUUUGUUUGAAUCGCCCAAGCACUGGAUUGUGUUGGUUUUAUACAUUUUUAUUUUAAUAUAUUUUUUGUACCCUGGACUCUCACUGGUAAGAGCCUAUCGAAGGAAGUUUGGUGGAACAGAAACAUCCUGCAUCGCUUCUUGAUCUGCGAAUCAACACACCUGCCAUGGGGACAGUACAGUACUGACACAAAUGUUGAUUUUGUGGCACUGGAGGAGCAUUUGACAGUGGAUGCACCAAAAGAACCUGAAACGGGAAAAGGAAAAACAAAAAAAAGGAAAAAAAAACUACUUAAAUUAUGAACUCAAUGCUUUUGGGAGAAAAAAAAAGCUGAGAGAAUAUUGUAACAAACUUCGUACAGAGUUCAGUCUAUUAAUUGUUUCAUGUUAGAUAUUCUAUGUGUUUACCUCAAUUGAAAAAGAAUGUUUUUGCUAGUUUCAGAUCUGCUGUGGCAUUGAUAUUGUAUGUCCAUGAAUUCCUUCCUUUUUCAGCACGUGUUCCUCACUAGAUGAUAAGAUGCCGUCUCCCUUAAGCUUUGUCAAAAAUACAUAAAAUACUUGUAUGAGGACUGUGACGUAAUGUUUAAAAGGUGUUCAGUCACAAAUGCUGUAAUAAAUAUUUCAUUUUUGAUUUUUGUUA